GGAGACUGAGUCUGAGAUUGAGACAGCUUAUCACCGUUUCUGCCUCUUCGCCGCGCCGCAUCGCCGUCUGCCGUUCCCGUUGGCCACUUGGCUCUUUGCCGGAAUCGAAUCGAUACGCAGAAGAAAGACAUAGCAGACACUCAACCUAGGUGAAAGAAACAGAAGCUUCGCCCACCACCGCGCCACCGCCUUGCUUCCCGCUGCAACACUGUCAUUUUUCAGCUUUCCAAUUUGGAAAUCUGGUUCCAGAGGUCAAAAGACAUUGUAAGAAAAUUGUUAUUCGGUGAUCUUGACCUUGGUAUUGUGGGACUCGAUAUAGUCAGUGAAUUUGACCAGGAAUGAAUCGUUUGCAAGAAUCUGGUUUGCCUCAACGGAAACGACAAAAGGUGUCUGAGCCGGUGUUGACAGAUGAAGAGCGUUUACUCUUUAACCUCAUUCGUAGCAGGGAAAACAUAGGGAUAUGGACUGGUGACAUGAAAAGAGAAACAAAUCUUCCUACUACUGUGGUCAAUAAAUCCCUGAAGACACUUAUAGCCAAGAAUAUGAUAAAGGAAGUUACUACUAUUCAAAACAAAGGUAGAAAACACUACAUGGCAAAAGAGUUUAUGCCUUCCGAGGAAAUCACUGGUGGUCAUUUUUAUAGUGAUGGGAAACUUGAUAUCGAUUAUAUAAACAGUUUAAAAGAUGUGUGCUUGAAAUGCAUUUUCAUGCAGAAAAUUUCCACAUGUGAUGGAUGUGUGGAGUGGAUUAAAAGGAUUGGAGUCUUUAAUACUGAAGUCACAACAAAACAAAUGGAAGAGAUUUUGCAAACUUUGGUUUUGGAUGAUGAGAUCACGCAGAUGAUAAGUACUGGACUUGGGGAAUUUUCAUCUAUUCCUGUUGGCAAAACUUGUUACAUGAGCAAAAGCAAAGGAGGAGUUAGAGGGGAAAAGAAGACUGCUGACUUGACUUCCAUUCCAUGUUUUUCUUGUCAAAGAAUGAGCUUUUGUUCACCAGAUGGCACUAUCUCUCCAGCAACAUGUGUCUAUUAUCAGAAAUGGUUAGAUUUCUGAAAUGACUGGAUUACUAGUUUGUUUUUUUAUGACUCUCCAAGUUUUGACUCUCAUACAACACUUAUUGUAGUUUUUUUGUUCUCUUUUUAGCUUUAUUGCUCAAUAUAUCUAAGUUCCUUCCACAUUAAAA